UCCGACCUCCGCUGUAUUUUGAUGCCAAAAAUGCCCUUAAAAGCCAAGUCAAUAAUAAAGUAAAGACCAUUACAAUACAAACAAUAAUUAUGACGCUGUUAUUCCUCGAGCUUUUCAGCUUCUCCAACCUCUCCGACGGAGACGGGCAUCCGUUUUCAUCACACGUUAAGUUUUGGUAAAUCCCUCACCUGGUCAGGUUGUGAGAAAAAAGUGAAAAAGAACAUCCGCUCCCGCCACUGUGUUAACCAAUUUUGUUGACUAUGGGAGUCGAUCGCGUGACCUCCAGCUGCCCACCUUAACAGCCAAAAAGUAUGAAGCCCCUUAACAGCCAAAAAGUAUGAAGCCCCAGCAGGCCAACGGAAAAUUUCUUGUUUCUAUGUAAAAUUAAGAGUUUUUUCUGCGAUCUGUAGCACAGAGUAGAAAGAAUAAACGCAUGGCUCCUCAAUCUGGCUACGGUAUAGCAGUGGUGUCUAGAAGGAAAGCUCGAUCUGGUCUUUCAUCCAUGAGCUCCUUUCAUUGGGAAGCAUCUUCAGAACUUAUGUUUUUCCAACUUUGGUUUGGAUAUAUGUUGAUAUUGUCAUGGGCUGUCAUCUCCAAUGCUAGUGGAAGGUCACUGUCUUCACUAUCAACAACAGGAUAUGAACAUGAAAAUGUUCCAACUCCAAUCCAUUCACCAAGCAUACACCCAGCAGUCACUCCUGUUAAUUCUCCUCUUCCACUGCAUAAGUUUCAUCAUUCUACCGCACAAUCCCCGUCUUCGUCACACGUGCCUCAUGGAAAAAAUCUCAUGGCACACCAUGUCAAUUUGCGCUUUUCAGGACCACUACUGUCUCUUAAAUCUUGGCCUGUGAAGGUUGAUUCGCAUGCUUCAGGGAGUUUAACCACAUUAUCUGGAUACGGGAGAAGAUUAUCGGCACCUGUUUCUGAUAUCCUAAAACCUCCUGCAGGGGGAGUUGCCCCUCCUCCAUCUAUUUUUACAUCCAUUGCAUCAAAUUCCACUCCACCAUCCUUAUCUCCACAUGUUGGUGAUUGCUGUAAAUCCAUUAUGAUAAGCAGGCCAGGAAGUCACAAUUGCUCUUGUGUAUAUCCAAUCAAAUUACAGCUUCUAAUUUUAAAUCUUUCCACCAGUAAUACAAAUUGGAGUGCUGAAUUCCAGCAGGAACUUGCUUCCCAGCUUGGUUUGUCAGUUGUUCAGUUUGUCAUUUCAUAUUUUCACAUUGACAACACAAAUGAGUUGAAUAUGUCCAUGGAUAUUGCUCCGUUAUAUGGUCUAAGCUUUUCUUACAGUGAGGCACAUCAAAUCAAUUAUACAUUAGUCAGACAUAAAUUGCACCUCAAUAGUUCCUUGUAUGGUGAUUACAGGCUUCUGAAUUUUACUUGGUUCGAGAAACCUGUUAUACCUCCUGUUCCAGCUCCAGUCUUCUCUCCUAGGGUGCCAUCAGCUACACCCCCUUCUGCGGUGCAGACCAUAGCCCAUAAAAGUCGGAGAAAGAGUCCAAGUUUGGUUUUUGUAGUUGGCUUAGCAGCUGGCAUCAUUGUGGUAGUUUUUGUUUCUAUACUUAUUUGCUGCAAAUGUAUGUCGAGUCGAGACAAGGAUUCUCAUCAACACCUCAAAGAAAAAGCAGUAUCAAGGCCAGCUAAUCCUAUUCAAAAUGAAGGAUCUGUAAUGCGUCCCAGCAGCACAAGAUGUUUUGCAUAUGAGGAGCUCAAAGAAGCAACCAAUAACUUUGAAACUGCCAGUGUACUUGGGGAAGGUGGCUUUGGACGAGUUUUCAAAGGUGUGCUUAAAGAUGGAACCUUAGUGGCUAUCAAGAAGCUUUCAAGUGGUGGACAACAAGGAGAUCGAGAAUUUUUAGUUGAGGUUGAGAUGCUAAGCCGACUUCAUCACCGUAACCUUGUCAAACUUAUUGGGUAUUAUAGUAAUCAUGAUUCAUCCCAGCAUCUACUUUGCUACGAACUUGUUCCAAAUGGAAGCUUAGAAGCUUGGCUUCAUGGACCUUUUGGUGAAAAUCGUCCGUUGGAUUGGGAUAUAAGGAUGAAAAUUGCUUUGGAUGCUGCCCGGGGUCUUGCUUAUCUCCAUGAGGACUCUCAACCUUGUGUCAUUCAUAGAGAUUUCAAGGCAUCCAAUAUUUUACUGGAGAAUAAUUUUCAUGCAAAAGUAGCUGAUUUUGGCCUUGCCAAGCAGGCACCUGAGGGUCGGGCCAACUAUUUAUCUACUCGUGUAAUGGGCACUUUUGGGUAUGUAGCACCUGAAUAUGCUAUGACUGGACAUCUCCUGGUGAAGAGCGAUGUAUAUAGCUAUGGAGUUGUUUUAUUGGAACUAUUAUCAGGAAGGAAACCUGUUGAUAUGUCUCAACCAUCCGGCCAGGAAAACCUGGUAACUUGGGCACGUCCGAUUCUGAGGGACAAAGAUCGGUUAGAAGAGCUUGUAGAUCGUAGGCUUGGUGGAAAAUAUCCAAAGGAGGACUUUGUGCGUGUCUGUGCAAUUGCAGCUGCUUGUGUAGCUCCUGAAGCAAACCAGAGGCCAACUAUGGGGGAGGUGGUUCAAUCUCUAAAGAUGGUUCAGCAUACAGGUGAAAGCCAUCAGACUGGAGAAAGAGAUGGGUUUGCUGACACUUUGAAAAACUCCAAUAACCCUCAUACAUCAAGUGGAAGAAAUGCCAGACUUGUCUCAACAACUUUUGAGUCAGAUGUAUCUUCAUCGAUAUUUUCUUCUGGUCCUUUUUCUGGGUUAAGUGGAAUUGACAAUGACAAUAUUUCACGCACUGCUGUUUUUUCAGAAGAUCUCCAGGAAGGACGAUAGUUCAUGAUUUCAGUUUCAAAGGUUUUGUGUGAUUUACAACAAGAAUUGGGGCAGAAAAUGGUUUACUUUUCAAAUUGGGAUUCCCAAAAUCUUAUUAAGAUCAAAAGCUGUAGGCAUUAUUGGUAUUGGUGCCUGCUUCAGAAUGAUUGUGAGCCAGCUGAAUUCUGCUCAAGUCUGGAUUGGACAGUUGCAUUUAAUACAGUGUGAAUGAAGGUCCAUUAUUCCUUAUUGGAAACCCACAGCAUGGUCACCUUGGAUGAUGCAGGUUAAAGUGUUUAUGAAGGUGAUCUUUCUUAAAACUAAGUUGGUUCAAUACGUUUAAGUCAGCAGGAUGAAGGUUGUGAAAGGGCAUGCACUUAUUUGUGGUUAGUUACAGUUUGCAGUUUCAUCUGCAGUAUUAAAACAUGCUUCAGAAAUUGUACGAUGAGGUCAUUGGUUUAUAUUUGACAUUCAUCCGAAUUAUGUUUUGGGGUAGCCUAUCCCGUAUUUAUGGAGUACGUGUAAGUACAAACUGGCAUUCUAGUUUUGCCUGCAAUUUUGGCGGAAAGAGACAAUGGCAUCUGGUUGUAAAUUAAAUUAUUUGUAAUGCCAAUUUGCUAUGUUACAAGUAGUUAAGAUCAGUUUCAACGAAAUGUCAAACACGAUAGCUUUCUAUAUAUCGACUUUUAUUUA